GCACAUGACGUGAAAAUGAAAUUUCCCCAGGAGCAGGAAGAAGGAAAUGGUGCUAAAAUUCCAAUUCAGAAAUCAAAAUGGGGAACCGCUGAUCAUACAAAACAACCAUCAAUUAGUGGCCUUAGAAAUGUGAUCAAUGGCCAUAAUUCCUACGUGGAAACCUUCCUCCGAAGAGUGGUGCGAGAGGAGGUGGAACGUAUAAUUCAGGAACAUCACCUAUCUCCAAGAGGAACCGUGAAUCAUAAUCUGGCAGGCACAUCUAGAGCCAAACCUUUUCAGCUGUGUUUUAUCAACAAGUUGCCUGAUACAAUUUUCACACUCUCUAAUAUAAUAGCAGAGGAUGAAUCACCCCUUCAAAUUGCUCUAUUUGAUGUUACAUCUCAGACUAUAGUCAGUGAAGGUCCCUUAUCCUCCAUCAGGAUAGAGAUUUGUGUCCUCGAUGGCGAGUUUGGUUCGAAUUGCAGUGAGGAUUGGACUCAAGGGGAGUUCAAUGGCAGUAUCUUACGCCAAAGGGAUGGUAAAGGUCCAUUGUUAACUGGAGAUAGGUUUAUUACUCUCAAGAAUGGGAUUGGUUCUGUCUCUAAACUUACCUUAACUGAUAAUUCAAGAUGGUUGAGAAGCAGAAAGUUCAGAUUAGGAGCCAAAGUUGUUGAACCAACUUCCUCUGGAGCAAGCAUAAAGGAAGGUUCAAGUGAACCUUUCGUCGUCAAAGAUAAUCGCGGAGAAUCUUACAAGAAACACCACCCUCCAUACUUGAAUGAUAAUAUAUGGCGUUUGGAGAAAAUUGCAAAGGAUGGAAAAAUCCACAAGCGGCUCUCUUCCCAUGGAAUUCACACUGUUAAGGAUCUCCUGCAGCUAUACACAACCGACCCAUCUUCAUUAUAUGUGAAGUGUGGCAGCAUUCCAAUUAAGUCAUGGACAGCAAUUAUGAACCAUGCCAAGACUUGUGUGAUAAAUGAUCACAAGCUCUAUAGCUAUCGCGCGACACAACAACCUUUAGUCCUGCUAUUCAAUUCCAUCUACAUCCUUGUAGGAGUAUUCGACGGGCAAAAUUAUUGUUCACCUGAUGCACUCACUCCAAAGGAGAAGAAUUUGGUGGAAACCAUGAAGCAGCAAGCAUACAAGAAUGUUAAUAAUUUGAAAUCAGUUGAUGACACUUCUUCAUUGAGCUGCUUCACACCAGUGGCAUGUCCAAGAACAGGUCAAUCUGAUGUUCCAGACCAAGUCAUGGCAGGUCAAGAAGAAACAUGGCUAGAUUCUACACAACCCUGCACCUCUUCUUCAUUUAUUGAUGAGGAAGUGCCAAGUUACCAAGUUUAUGAAGAUCCACUGCCUGAAACAUGUGAAAUGCUGCAGAACGGUUAUACAGGAGGUGAAUUCUUCUCUGGAAUGUUCGCUGAAGGGAAUAGUUGGCAACUUAAUGGAUUGUCACAUAUUCCAGUUGUGCAAGGUGGUUAUUCAGCUGAUAAUUGCAGUUCAGAGAUUCAAUUCACAAAUGAUUGUUCUUGUUCACCUUACACAGCACAAUGGGGGGACCAAAAUGGCUAUUUAUUUGGUUCUUCUGAUGAAGCAGAAUUUACAAGUCAUUCUACUUUUCUGAAUUCCAGUGGGGAUAUAUCAAACAGUGGGAAAACUAAAGCAGUGUGGUUUAAAAUUGGGAAUGCUAUCAAAUGGGUCAUAUCAGUUAAAAAAUAUGCAGCUGCCAGAAAGAAUGCAGAGCUGUAUUACUGUGACUUUAAGUAUUAGAUUCCUAGUUUGGUUUCUAGGUAGAAUAUGUGUAAAAAUGUCUAGGAUAUAAGUUCCCUAGAUAUGCUUAGUCUUAGUCUUGAAUCUUUAAUUUCUUCAACUUCAACUGCAAUGAAUAUAUAACCCAAAAAAAAAAAAAAAGAAAGCAGAGAAGUGA